AUGGCAAACAACUCAUACAGCGGAGUUAAGAACUCCCUGGUGGAGGCCAAUCACGAUGGGGAGUUUGGCUGUUCGCUAAAAGAACUGCGCGCCUUGAUGGAGCUGAGGGGUGCAGAGGCGCUGGGCAAAAUCGGGGAAACUUACGGAGACACACAUGGACUCUGCAAUCGGUUAAAAACAUCACCUGUGGACGGUUUAAGUGGACAGCCGGCAGACAUCGAGAAGCGGAUAACAGUGUUUGGGCAGAACUUAAUACCACCCAAAAAACCUAAGACUUUUUUACAAUUAGUGUGGGAGGCGCUACAAGACGUCACGCUUAUCAUCCUGGAAGUAGCAGCCGUAGUUUCAUUGGGCCUUUCUUUUUAUCGACCUCCAGACGCGGAAAGGGAGCACUGCGGGAAGGCCGCCGGAGGUGUUGAGGACGAGACUGAGUCGGAGGCGGGCUGGAUCGAGGGGGCGGCCAUCUUGUUAUCAGUGGUCUGUGUGGUGCUGGUGACUGCUUUCAAUGACUGGAGUAAAGAGAAGCAGUUCAGGGGCCUCCAGAACCGCAUUGAACAGGAGCAGAAGUUUACGGUGGUGCGCGGAGGCCAGGUCAUCCAGAUCCCUGUGGCAGAGAUAGUAGUGGGGGACAUUGCUCAAGUCAAAUAUGGUGACCUCUUGCCUGCUGACGGAGUCUUGAUCCAGGGAAACGAUUUGAAAAUAGAUGAGAGUUCGCUGACAGGAGAGUCGGACCAUGUCAAAAAGACCCAGGAUAAAGACCCCAUGCUUCUGUCAGGCACUCACGUAAUGGAGGGCUCAGGGAAGAUGGUGGUGAUCGCAGUGGGUGUCAACUCCCAAACCGGGAUCAUCUUCACUCUACUCGGAGAAGCAGAGGAAGAUGAUGAAGAGGAGGAGAAGAAGAAGAAGGAGGAGAAGAAGAAAUCCAAAAAAAACAAAAAACAAGACGGAUCUGUAGAGAAUCGUAAAAAAGCAAAAGCACAGGAUGGCGCAGCUAUGGAGAUGCAGCCUUUGAACAGUGAUGAAGGAGCCGAUGCAGAAGAAAAGAAGAAAGCCAACCUUCCAAAGAAAGAAAAGUCUGUUCUCCAGGGCAAACUGACCAAACUGGCUGUUCAGAUCGGAAAAGCAGGUUUGGUCAUGUCCGCCAUUACGGUCAUCAUACUUGUGGUGCUGUUUGCCGUGGACACUUUCUGGAUACAAAACCUGCCCUGGGUCAAGGAAUGCACGCCCAUCUACAUCCAGUUCUUUGUCAAGUUCUUCAUCAUCGGUGUCACAGUCUUGGUGGUGGCUGUGCCGGAGGGAUUACCGCUGGCUGUGACCAUCUCCCUGGCAUACUCUGUGAAGAAAAUGAUGAAGGACAACAACCUGGUUCGACAUUUGGACGCCUGUGAGACCAUGGGCAACGCCACGGCCAUCUGCUCCGAUAAAACAGGCACACUCACCAUGAAUCGCAUGACUGUGGUUCAGGCCUAUGUGGCAGAAAAGCACUACAGGAAAGUCCCGGAGCCUGAAAGCAUCCCUUCUGCCACUUUAGACAUUCUCAUUCUGGGCAUUGCUGUCAACUGCGCCUACACCACUAAAAUCAUGUCUCCUGAAAAAGAAGGAGGCUUGCCACGACAGGUUGGCAACAAAACCGAAUGUGCCUUGCUCGGCUUCGCCAAGGACCUGAAGCGAGACUACCAGGUCAUCCGUAACGAGAUCCCAGAAGAGAAACUGUACAAAGUCUACACAUUUAACUCUGUGCGCAAAUCCAUGAGCACAGUGCUGAAGAUGGCUGACGGCAGCUACCGCAUGUUCAGCAAAGGGGCCUCCGAAAUCCUCCUGAGAAAGUGUUAUAAAAUCCUGACCGCCAACGGUGAGCAGAAGGUGUUCCGGCCGCGUGACCGUGACGAUUUGGUGAAAAAGGUAAUCGAACCUAUGGCAUCGGAAGGGCUGAGGACCAUCUGCCUGGCCUACAGAGACUUCCCUGUGUCAGACGGAGAGCCAGACUGGGAAUGCGAGAAUGACAUCCUCUCCGGACUCACCUGCCUCUGUGUGGUGGGCAUUGAAGACCCUGUGAGACCUGAGGUCCCAGACGCCAUAAAGAAGUGUCAGCGUGCAGGCAUCACUGUGCGGAUGGUGACGGGAGACAACAUAAACACAGCACGGGCAAUUGCCACCAAAUGUGGCAUUCUGCUGCCAGGAGACGACUUCCUGUGUAUCGAGGGCAAAGAGUUCAACCGCAGAAUACGCAACGAGAAAGGAGAGAUCGAACAGGAACGCAUAGACAAAAUCUGGCCUAAGCUACGAGUUCUGGCGCGCUCUUCACCCACAGAUAAACACACUUUAGUUAAAGGUAUUAUUGACAGCACAGUGUUAGAAAAGCGACAAGUGGUGGCUGUGACCGGUGACGGGACAAACGACGGCCCUGCCCUGAAGAAAGCUGAUGUCGGUUUUGCAAUGGGCAUUGCGGGCACAGACGUAGCCAAAGAAGCCUCAGACAUCAUCCUUACAGACGAUAACUUCAGCAGCAUCGUGAAGGCCGUCAUGUGGGGUCGAAAUGUUUACGACUCCAUCUCCAAAUUCCUCCAGUUCCAGCUGACUGUCAACGUGGUGGCCGUGAUAGUGGCCUUCAGUGGAGCAUGCAUCACGCAGGACUCUCCACUGAAGGCUGUGCAGAUGCUGUGGGUGAACUUGAUCAUGGACACGUUUGCCUCUCUGGCUCUGGCCACGGAGCCCCCCACAGAGUCCUUGCUUCUUAGGAAGCCGUAUGGACGCAACAAACCCCUCAUCUCACGCACCAUGAUGAAGAAUAUCCUGGGACAUGGCGUCUACCAGCUCAUCAUAAUCUUCACGCUGCUGUUUGCUGGAGAGAGACUGUUUGACAUUGACAGCGGCAGAAACGCUCCUCUCCACGCACCCCCCUCUGAACACUACACCAUUGUCUUCAACACCUUUGUUCUCAUGCAACUUUUCAAUGAAAUCAAUGCUCGAAAGAUCCACGGGGAGAGAAACGUGUUUGACGGCAUCUUCAAUAAUCUAAUUUUCUGUAGUAUCGUCUUUGGCACUUUCAUCGUACAGUUUGUCAUUGUGCAGUUUGGAGGGAAACCGUUCAGCUGCGUGUCUCUGACCAUCGACCAGUGGCUGUGGUGCACUUUUCUGGGCUUUGGCUCUCUUCUCUGGGGACAGGUCAUCUCUUCCAUCCCCACAAGUCGACUAAAGUUCCUAAAGACAGCGGGUCACGGAACACAGAAGGAAGAGAUCCCUGAUGAGGAGCUGGAGGAGCUGGAUGACAUGGACGAAAUCGACCACGCCGAGAGAGAGCUGCGGCGCGGCCAGAUCCUGUGGUUCAGAGGUCUAAACCGCAUUCAGACUCAGAUGGAUGUAGUGAGUGCGUUCCAGAGUGGAACCUCCUUUCAGGGGGCUCUAAGGCGGCAGGCCUCCAACUCCAGCCAGCAGCAGCAGCACGAUAUCCGCGUGGUGAAUGCAUUCCGCAGCUCCAUCUCCCUCUAUGAGGGGCUGGAGAAGCCAGAGUCCAGAAGCUCCAUUCAUAACUUUAUGACUCAUCCAGAGUUCCGGAUCGAGGACUCGGAGCCUCACAUCCCGCUCAUUGACGACACUGAUGCAGAGGACGACGCGCCCACUAAACGAAACUCUGCCAGCCCUCGCAACUCCACACCCCCCCCCCCAUCCCCCGUCCCAUCCCCUGUCCCAUCCCCCGUCCCAUCCCCGGUCACUGCAAGUCCGCCUGCGACCAUGCCCCUGUCCCCAAACCAGAACAAUAAUGCAGUGGACAGUAACCACCUGCUCCCAGAGGCCCCCAAGGCCACGCCCUCUGCUCCCAGCAGCCCCCUGCACAGCCUGGAGACGUCGCUCUGA